AUGUGUGCCAGAGAAUCUCCCGAGGACCCCCAGAAUCCCGUGAGGAUCCCAAUAUCCCCUCCCCACCCUCCUGGGAAUCCCAAGAACCCCCCGAAGACCCCCAAAAUCCCCUCUCCACCCUCCUGGGACACCCAGAACCCUCUGGGAACCCCCAGAAUCCUUUCCCCACCCACUUUGGGACCCCCAGAACUCCCUGAGGACCCCGAGAAUCCCCUUCCCACCCUUCGGAGCCCCCCACCUCUCCCUUCCCGCCCACCUGGGCACCCUCAGCACCCCCCAAGUGACCCGUACCAAGGCAGAGGCAUCACCCCAAACACUCGGGGGGAGACCCUGAGAUCCCAAAUCCCCCAAACCCAAACCUUGUCCCCCACCUCCCCCCAAGCCGACAAGCUGGAGCUGCAGCGACAGCUACACGAGGCCACCUCAUCCAAAAAAACCCUGGAGGGAAACAACCAGCAGAGCCGAGCCGAGCUGGCCAAAGCCACCCAGGAGAGGGACAGGUGCCAGCAGGACCUGAAGAGCGCCAGCACCGAGGGUGACCUGAGCAGGGUGGAGCUGGAGGUGCAGAAACACAAGUGCAGCUCCCUCCAGAGCGACUUGAGCGAGAAAUUGCCGAGGAUUUCGGAGCUGGUGAGGCAAUUCCAGUGCAAGGAAGCCGAGAACGAGCUGGGGCAGAUCCGGGGCCGCGUGGAGAACCUGUUCCGGCAGCAGCAGGGGCGCGAUUCGCAGUUUAUCUGGAGGGGCAGCUGCGAGCUGAGCGUGCGGCAGUGCCGGCUGAACUGCUCCCGGGAGAUGCAGGAGAUGGAGAGGAGGGUGCAGGGCAUGGAGAAACGCGAGAAGGAGGCGGCGGAGGAGAGGAGGAGGGCGGAGGCCGAGAGGGACAAGGCGGGGAAGGAGCUGGAGGAGAAGAGGAAGGCGGCGGUGGCGCAGGCGGAGGCGCUGAGGGAGCAGCUGGUGGCGUGCAUGGCCAAGGUGCCACACCUGGCGCUGCCAGCCUCCCGGGUGCCGCUGGGCGCCGGCCGCUCCGGCUCCUUCCCCGUUCCCGGCCCCUACAUGGAGCUGCUGGGGAACCCGGCCACGCUGGGCACCCUGGGUGAGUCCUGCAGGGAUGGGGACACUG